AUGUGCCAACGAGCGUCCUACAAGUCCCUGCCUGGAUACGGAGUCGGGGAGCGCGCGUCCACCAUGUCAUACGGGACCGGGACCCUGUGUAAGAGCACGGUGUCUGCGCUGGCCGGACUGGGGCGGACCGAGAGGAAAGUUACCUGUUGUGAGAAGUGUUCUACUACGCUGCUCGGGCUGAAGAAACAAGCCCUGAGCUUGGCGGUUCAUCAACAGUUUUCAUGCAAGGAUUCCAGUGAUCUCUCAUCUUUUCUUCACGCCAACCUGCGCAUCCACAGUCGGCCUACAGACUCGUGGGAGCACGGCGAGUGCAGCACUUGUGGCACCAGUGUGAAUGACCUGAAGCAGGAGGCCAUCUUUCUGGCUCUAAACCGCGGCCAGACUCCCACACGAUCCCCUUUCGAACCUUCCGACCCGCCCUUUGCCUCUGCCUCUGUACUGGGGCACCUGGACCCCACGCUGACCCGAUAUGAGGAGCGGCCGUCCAGGGACUUCACCAGGACUUUGCAACAUUUCCGAAGCAGAACCCACAGUCCUCUCCGCAAUCAGUACAGCCCCCAACACGCCAGGCCACCUCCGAGCCCCAAGACCCCUCAGCGGACACCUCAAACGCUUAGAAGGAGGGGUGCAAAGUCCCCCCAUCGUGACAUGGACCGCUGGGUGGAAGAGCAGAAGCAGCUGUCGUUGUCUAAAUCAACUCUCCCACGCGUUCGCCAUCAGGCUGCAGACAAGCCGAGUGCUGACGCUGGAGCAGUGCAGAUAAACUCCAAACUCCCUCAUAUUACAAGAGUGGUGUCCAUCGCCAACACCGCAGCCAUGUCUUUCUUGGCCAAAGCGGCAGAAAAGUUGAAUCUGACAUUAAGGAAAAAAGGCCAUGCGUCCGAUUCGGCUCCUGCUCAGUUCUCCACCUGCUUCAGGGACUUGAUCCAGAAAAACCCGCCCGUGGCCCCCUCCUGCCUGCUGCAAGCUGCCACCAGAACUAAAGACUCGCCCAGUCUUGGCAAGGUCAGAGUGGUGCUGCGAGUGAACCCAGACCUGUCGGGGAGUCCUGGGCCUCCUCCGGUGCUGCAGGUCGACUCGUCCCGGAGAAGAGUCACCGUGAUGGAACCGUUCUACAAGGGCCACCCCUACAGCACCAUGACUCUGGGCCGCGACAAGAGCCUCAUCAAAACAUUCAACUUUGAUGCCACGUACCCACAACACGCGAGCCAGGCCGAUCUAUGCUCUGGAGUUUUGCCUGACGUCAUCCGCUGCGUGCUGAGUGGAAGCGACGGCUGCGUGCUGAGCCUGGGAUGCUCCGAUGUGGGCUCUUGGUCCAGCAUGGUGGGCAGUGACGACAGCCCGCAGCAGCUGGGGCUCAUCCCCUGUGCGAUCUCGUGGCUGUACAGUGCCAUCGAGCGCCGCCGAGAGAAGACCUGGACCGACCUGAGCGUGUCCGUGUCGGCCCUAGAGCUCUGCUGCGGUGAGGAGGACACGCUGCGGGACCUGCUGGGAGAGAUGCUACCGUCUGGAGGAAGUGCCCAGGAGAGUCCCACGGCGCACGUCCGGCUGCAAGAGGACCCAGUGUGUGGAGUGCAGGUGCGUAACCAUAACCGUGUGAAGGCGCCCACAGCAGAGCGUGCGGCCUCUCUGUUGGACGCAGCCAUCACUGCUCGCCGGUACACAGACUUCGUCACAUACCUGUCCCACAGCUCCAUCAUGUUCUUCACUCUACACGUCCAGCCGCCUCGCACCGACACCAGCACCAUCGGGAAAGGUUCUCGUGGACCAUCUAAACUGACCAUGAUUGACGUGUGUCGAGGGAUGAGGUAUAGCAAAAACAGAUACCCUUACACAGAACUGAGUCCAAUCGUGCUGUCUCUACUGAACGGACAGAGAACUAUCCCAAACAAGAGCAGUAAGUUGUCCUUGCUUCUCCGAGAGGCCCUGGGUCACGUGAACUGCCACACUGCGGUUGUGGCUCAAGUGUCAGACUCAAUCGCUGUUUUGGACGAAACUCUGUCCACUAUUCAAACCGCCUCAAAAAUACGCAGGACGCAGAGGAGAGAGAAGCAGUCUGGAUCCUGCUCCCCUCACGCUCGAAGUCUGACGAGAGAAAAGAAAACUCCAAAAACUAUGUCCCUCCGAGCGUUCCACUCCACGGAAGAGGUGGACUCGGAUGUACGCCCUCUCCGAUUCCGCGGCCGACUGUAUGACGACCAAUCCGGCAGCGAGCAAUCCUGCGACACCGUAAUCCAAAUCGAUUCAAGAGGGCUCGUCCAAGCUAAUGCCACACCGCGCGUUAACCAGCCUGAAUUUGUGCCCAUUAUUCCAUCGUUGCAUCCCAGCAAAACCGACAUAGAUGACCCAGAGUUUACGGCUUUGCUCAAAGAACUUCUCAAAAUCCCACAGCUUCACGACGACAAGAAUAAAAAGGAAGUUAAUGGCACGCUCAAAUGCGACACGUUUGCCCAACUUCAAGAGCGCUUGGGCUGCAUUGACGGCAGCGAGUUGACGGCAGAAACGCUAAAACUGGUACAACAUGCAGUGAAGUUGGAACCGGUGAAAAAUAAUGUGGAUAUUGUUGUUUCAAAAGCUGCGGUGUUGAAUCAGAACUCGGUCCAGAAGCCUGGCGGAGAAACGGAUGCUGCUUUCAAUGGAGAUAGCUUUCAAAGAGAGGACUCUGGCUUGUACGACUGCGAGGAGUGUAGCGCGGCAAGUUCAGAACUGCUGAAAGAUCGCUCCGGAAGUCCCAGUUCCUUGGAUCAAAUGGGUGCUAUGCCGUCGCCGUACAGCCAGGUCACCGCGCCUCGCCUUCCGAGUCCAAACGAUUACGCUAGUGAUACCACCAGCGUGCUGAGUGGAGAUCUGCCGCCUGCCAUGGGGAAGACGUCGCUGUAUUUCUCCAACAGGAACAGCACAGUGAGCAGCGGAUAUGGAAGUAUGCUUCGGGAGAGGGACAGUGAAGCCAGCGACAGGAGCGGCCGGAGCGGGAGGGCCUCCAAAAAGAGAGGGACAACAGGAGUGCACCAGCGUCGCCAGCACGAGUCGUCUUCGUCUCUGAAGCGGUCGACAGGCGGAGCACGGCCUCGGUUUGUCGAGCAGGAAAUCCCAGAAGCUUACGGAAUAAAAGUCUAUGAUAUUGAAAAUGUGCAGAGAACGCAGAAAAGAUCAGGGCCCAGUGUUUUUCAAUGCCAAGCUGAAGUUUUUGGAGCAUCAUCAGAGGAGGACGUGAGAGGAGCAGUCUCACACAGGCCACAUGGGGGAACUAGAGGGGAGCAAAGGCAACAUCAUAACACAGAACAAAGAAGUGGCGCCUUCACAGACCUGCGCAGACCGAGGCACUCAUGA